UCUUCCUGUUGCUUGUUUUCAGUGCUAUGUAUGCAGUACCUGUGUAGAAAUAUUAGGGUUUUUUUUUUGUUUGUUUGUUUUUUUAGCUAGAAGCUAACCACGUCGCGUUGAAAAGAAAAAGUCAGCUUUACGCUUGUAGUUCCUUAACUAGUCACCAGCUAGUUAGCGGUUAGUUUGAACUAGUAGCUGUAUAGCCACAUUACCAAAGCUAAUAAAUUAAGCAGUUAGCAGUUAUCUAGUUAUCACGAUUGCUUCCCCUUAGGAUGUAGCGGGUAAUAAGAAGAAUUUAAUCUCCUCUAACAGUUUGCUUUGCAGUUAGCACUGUCACGUGACUGGUGAUGUUUAGUGUUAAUUUUUAUCCACAUCAGUUAGAGCUGCACUUCAGGGAAAACAGUUUCAGUCUCCAGUCUGUCAGAGUUUUCCCCUCCUUCUUUAUAGCUAUUAUGUGACAGGAGAGGACAGGAGAGGGUAGGUCUGGACAUAAGAGGACAGGAGAGGAGAGGGUAGGUCUGGACAUAAGAGGACAGGAGAGGAGAGGGUAGGUCUGGACAUAAGAGGACAGGAGAGGUCAGGAGAGGGUAGGUCUGGACAUAAGAGGACAGGAGAGGAGAGGGUAGGUCUGGACAUAAGAGGACAGGAGAGGAGAGGGUAGGUCUGGACAUAAGAGGACAGGAGAGGUCAGGAGAGGGUAGGUCUGGACAUAAGAGGACAGGAGAGGUCAGGUCUGGACAUAAGUGGACAGGAAAGGAGAGGAGAGGUCAGGUCUGGACAUAAGAAGACAGGAGAGGAGAGGUCAGGUCAGGAGAGGAGAAGUCAGGUCAGGACAGGAGAGGACAAGUCAGGUCAGGACAGGAGAGGACAAGUCAGGAGAGGAGAAGUCAGGUCAGGUCAGGAGAGGACAAGACAGGAGAAGAGAGGUCAGGUCAGGACAGGAGAGGAGAGGACAGGUCAGGAGAGGCGCGAUGAUGUUCACAGAGUGUUAUCAGGACACUUGCUCGGUGGUGGCGCUUGCAGUGAGGAGAGGAGAGUGCAGGCUGUUACAGAGGCUCCUGAGGAAAGGCCACUCGGUGGAUGUGAAAGAUAACCGCGGCUGGAACGCUUUACAUGAAGCUGCUGCUGGAGGACAUGCGCAGUGUGUGCGCCUCCUGCUCUCUGCUUCCGAUAGCUAUGAAGACUAUGUGAACUCACUGACUCACAAUUCUGAAACACCUCUGUAUUUUGCGGCGAAGAACGGCCACCUCCGCGCAGCACGGCGCCUCAUAAGGGCUGGGGCAGAUCUCAACAAGAUGUCCAAUGACCUCUCCAGCCCACUCUUUGCCGCUGUGGAUAGCGGCCAUAAAGAAGUCGUGGAGCUGUUGGUUAGCGAAGGAGCAGAGGUUAAUGGAACACACUUCAUCUCAGGCUGGUCCUGUCUUCAUCAGGCUGUUUACAAGGACCAUACAGAGAUAGUAAAAUUUCUGGUAAGCGUGUGUUCUCUUGAGGCUGUGGAUGACUAUGGGAUCACGCCGCUGUUCGUUGCUGCACAGUACGGACAUCACCAGUGUCUAGAGAUGCUUGCUAAUGCUGGUGCGAAUGUGAAUUGCCAGGCGAAGGACAUGGCCACCCCGCUGCUCAUUGCAGCUCAGGAAGGCCAUUUAUCAUGCGUGGAGCUUCUGCUGGCCCAUAAGGCAGACCCAAACCUGUACUGCAAUGAAGACCAGUGGCAGCUUCCCAUCCACGCUGCAGCCCAGUUCAGUCGCAUCAGUAUUCUAGAGAAACUGAUCCCUGUCACGGACCGGGAGUGUGACCGGGGCAAGGGAAAGGUCAGUCCAGUGUAUCUGGCAGUGCUUAGUGGUCAAGCGGAAAGCCUCCGGCCUCUGCUCAGAGAGGGCUACAGUCCAGAUGCUCAGAGCUGCAGGGAGUUCGGAUAUUGCUGCCCCCUGGACAUGGCUCUCUGGUGUAACUCUUGGAGUGUGGGCAGUGAUUUCCACCAGAGUCGAGAGAUCACAAAGAUGCUGCUGGCCAAUGGAGCUUGCGUCAGUCUGGCUACAUACGUACUGACAUUGCAGGGCCAUGUACCUGAACAUCUGUCGCUCAUCCUGGAAUAUUGUGGCCUGCCUAAGGGCGAGCAGCUGGAGGCACUAGUUCAGGCAGCAGUGAAUAAAGUGGCCCAUGCUUCAUUUUGGCUUCCAUUGUUGCUCAAAGCAGGACUAGACCCUCUACUUCUCCUUCAGCAGAAAAUGCUAGAAGAGGCUGAAUCCAGAGUACUUAACUUCUUUCUGGAGUUUAUUAAUUGGAAGACUCUGCCCUCAACAUUGCUUCACAUCCUAUCUCAGCGCAGAGCAGAGAACACUUGGACGCCGCAUAAGCAUUUUGAGAGUGUUCCUGAUCUGACUCAUCUGUGUAGACUCGCUGUAAGAGCUACAGUGGGCAGCGAUGCUUUGUCUAAACCCUCCUUUGUUCGGCAGCUGCCUGUUCCCACACUUCUGCAAGACUACCUCCAGUUCAGUGACAUAUCGAGUGCUUACACCUUCACAGCCUCAGCUAACCGAGAGUCGCCUAAUUAAGUGAUCUCACAUGUUCCGCUCUCAGUAUUUUGUAUAUAUGUUAAUAAAACCAUUGAACACUGCUGAAAUUGGA